AUGCCUCCCUCUCCAAAGGUAAACCGCCAUCUCUGUGGCCCUUUUAUUCCAGGCCCUAGCCCUAACCUGUAUUCUGCUGGCCUCUGAGACAGCAUGUCUCUAGUAGGCAGGCCUAGUGUUCAGUCCUCACGCCCAUGGUGACUAACUGACUGAGAGACUGACUGGCUGGUGAUAGGACCAAGUGAUAGAGGGCAGUGGAGGGCAGCUCCCUUUGUCAGCACGCCUUGUAAUUAGGAGAGGAGUAACUGCAGGUUGUGUAAAAUGGGUCUGGUCAUGGUCAGCCAGAGGCAGGCCUGUGGGUGCUGUACUGAACUGUGGGAGAGGUAGUAGUAGGGCCUGAGUGAGUCAGAGUUUGCGGGAGAGCUUCCAUUGAACUGGUCUGGAGUCAGUUUGCUGUGUUUAAAUAGGAGGUGGAUAUGCUUAUGGACUAAAUAAAUGUUUGCUUUUCUGUUUGCUUUCUACUGUCACAGUUGAGUGUAGAAGUGGUGUGGAAUCAAGCGCAGGACACACAGAGGCUUGGUACUGACGUCUUUAGUGAAGACAAAAAAGAACAAGCCAAACACGGCUACAUACAACCUGGCAGGCAAGCGAACUUUACGCACACCGGUAAAGUACAUACAAAGGCACAAAAGUGCGGAGCUCUCUACUACACCGAACAGAGAGACAAAAAUGAACUAGCAUCCCACAGUGACAACGAACAAUUACACACAACACAUGACAAAACUCAAGAGAACUUAUAGGACGCAUAAUUAACACUAACAAGGAACAGGUGUAACAAAACAGACAAAACCAAUCAAACAUCGAAACAUAGAACGGUGGCAGCUAGUACUCCGUAGACGACGACUGCCGAAGCCUGCCCGAACAAGGAGAAGGAGCAGCCUCGGCCGAAACCGUGACAGUACCCCCCCCCCUUGACGCGCGGCUCCAGCCGUGCGCCGACCCCGGCCUCGAGGACGACCAGGAAGACGCGGAGCAGGGCGCGUGGGAUGACCACGAUGGAACUCGGUCAGAAGAGACGGGUCUAGGAUGUCCCUCCUCGGCACCCAGCACCGCUCCUCCGGGCCGUACCCCUCCCACUCCACGAGAUAUUGGAGACCCCCCAUCCGGCGUCUCGAAUCUAGGAUGGACCGAACAGUGUACGCCGGAGCCCCCUCGAUGUCCAGCGGGGGCGGAGGAGUCUCUUCUAUCUCAUAGUCCUGGAGUGGACCAGCUACCACCGGCCUGAGGAGAGACACAUGGAACGAGGGGUUAAUAUUCUUGUAAUCAAUUGGCAGUUGUAACCUGUAACACACCUCGUUCAAUCUCCUCAGGACUUUAAAAGGCCCCACAAACCGCCGACCCAGCUUCCGGCAGGGCAGGCGGAGGGGCAGGUUUCUGGUCGAGAGCCAGACUCGAUCUCCAGGUGCGUACACUGGCCCCUCACUGCGGUGGAGAUCGGCGCUCGUCUUAUGUCGACGGAUGGCUCGCUGCAGAUGGAUGUGUGCAGCGUUCCACGUCUCCUCCGAGCGCCGCACCCACUCAUCCACCGCAGGGGCCUCGAUCUGGCUCUGAUGCCAAGGUGCCAGAGCCGGCUGGUACCCUAACACACACUGGAAAGGAGUUAGUUUAGUGGAGGAGUGGCGGAGAGAGUUCUGUGCCAUCUCGGCCCAGGGAACAUACCUCGCCCACUCCUCCGGCCAGCCCUGGCAAUACGACCUCAGAAACCUACCCACAUCCUGGUUGACACGUUCGACCUGCCCAUUACUCUCCGGGUGGUAACCCGAGGUAAGGCUCACCGAAACCCCCAAACGCUCCAUAAACGCUCUCCAGACUCUGGAGGUAAACUGGGGGCCUCGAUCAGACACUAUAUCCUCGGGUACCCCGUAAUGCCGGAAGACGUGGGUGAAUAGAGCCUCAGCGGUCUGUAGGGCAGUAGGAAGACCCGGCAUGGGAAGGAGACGACAGGCCUUCGAGAACCGAUCCACAACGACCAGGAUGGUGGUAUUCCCCUGUGAGGGGAAAAGGUCUGUAACAAAAUCCACCGAGAGGUGAGACCAGGGUCGUUGUGGAACGGGCAGGGGUUGUAACUUACCCCUGGGCAAGUGUCUGGGCGCCUUACACUGGGCACACACCGAGCAGGAGGAGACAUAAAUCCUCACAUCCCUGGCUAACGUUGGCCACCAGUACUUUGUGCUAAGGCAGUGCACUGUCCGGCCAAUACCUGGAUGCCCAGAGGAGGGUGACGUGUGAGCCCAAUAAAUGAGUCGAUCCCGGACCUCGAGCGGGACGUACGUCCGACCCACCGGACACUGUGGAGGGCUAGGGUCGGUGCGUAACGCCCGCUCGAUCUCCGUAUCGACCUCCCACACCACCGGUGCCACCAGACAAGACUCAGGUAGUAUGGGAGUGGGCUCAACGGACCUCUCCUCUGUGUCAUACCGCCGAGACAGGGCGUCUGCCUUCCCGUUCUGGGACCCAGGGAUGUAAGUGAUCUUAAACACGAACCGGGCUAGAAACAUAGUCCACCGAGCCUGGCGAGGAUUUAGUCUCCUAGCUGCCCGAAUGUAUUCCAGGUUACGGUGGUCAGUCAAAAUGAGAAAAGGGUGUUGAGCCCCCUCAAGCCAAUGCCUCCACACCUUUAGGGCCUGUACCACGGCUAACAGCUCCCUGUCCCCUACGUAAUAAUUUCGCUCCGCCGGACUGAGCUUUUUCGAGUAAAAAGCACAGGGGCGGAGUUUAGGUGGUGUGCCGGAUCGUUGCGAGAGAACGGCCCCGAUACCGGCUUUUGACGCGUGCACCUCCACUUGGAAUGGUAAAGCGGGAUCCGGAUGCGCCAGCACCGGAGCCAAAGUAAACAGGUCCUUCAGUCUCCCAAAAGCCCUGUUCGCCUCAGCUGACCACCGCAAGCGCACCGGACCCCCCUUCAGAAGGGACGUUAUGGGAGCUGCCACCUGUCCAAAACCCCGGAUAAACCUCCGGUAGUAAUUCGCAAAGCCCAAGAACUGCUGCACCUCUUUCACUGUGGUUGGGGUUUGCCAAUUACGCACGGCUGACACACGGUCAACCUCCAUCUUCACCCCUGACGCGGACAACUGAUAACCCAAAAAGGAGACCGACUCCUGGAAGAACAGACAUUUCUCUGCCUUGACAUACAGGUCAUGCUCCAACAGCCUCCUCAACACUCGGCGCACCAGGGCUACAUGCUCGGCUCGGGUAGAACUGUACACUAGAAUAUCGUCUAUGUACACGACCACUCCCUGCCCCUGCAUGUCCCGGAAGAUCUCAUCCACAAGGAUUGGAAGACUGAUGGAGCAUUCAUUAACCCGUAUGGCAUGACGAGAUACUCGUAAUGACCCGAGGUAGUACUAAAUGCUGUCUUCCAUUCAUCGCCCUCUCUAAUGCGCACCAAGUUGUAUGCGCUCCUGAGGUCCAAUUUUGUGAAGAACCGUGCCCCGUGUAAUGACUCCGUCAUAGUCGCAAUCAGAGGGAGUGGAUAACUAUAUUUCACAGUAAUCUGAUUGAGACCGCGGUAAUCGAUACACGGGCGCAAACCUCCAUCUUUUUUCUUCACAAAAAAGAAGCUCGAGGACGCAGGGGAAGUGGAGGGCCGUAUGUAUCCCUGUCUCAGAGACUCGGCAAUGUAUGUCUCCAUUGCCCUCUUCUCCUCUUGUGACAAAGGAUACACAUGGCUCCGUGGGAGCGCAGCUCCUGCCUGGAGGUCUAUCGCACAAUCCCCCUGUCUAUGAGGUGGCAAUCGCGCCGCCCUCGCCUUGCUAAACACGAGUGCUAAAUCCUCAUACUCGGGGGGAACAUGCAUUGCGGGCAUUUGGUUUGGACUCUCCACCGAGGUCGCCCCUACGGAAACACCCAGACAUAGCCCCACACACUGGGCAGACCACCCCUUAAGAGCCUUCUCUCGCCACGAAAUGGUAGGAUCGUGAGUAAUCAACCAGGGAAGCCCCAGCACCACCGGAUACGCAGGAGAGUCAAUCAGGUAUAGCUGAAUCGUCUCCUCAUGACCCCCCUGCGUCUCCAUCCUAAGUGGCACUGUGACCUUCCUGAUCAACCCGGAUCCUAACAGACGGCUAUCUAGGGCAUGUACAGGGAAGGGAUUAUUAACCGGUAGGAGAGGGAUCCCUAACUCUAUACAAAAUUUACGAUCUACAAAAUUCCCAGCUGCGCCUGAAUCUACUAGCGCCUUAUGCUGGGAACGAGGUGCAACCUGUGGAAAACAAACAGGUAUGGUUAUGUGCCCGACAGAAAGCUCUUGGUAAGUGGGGCGCCUACUCACCUGGGAGGACUCCCCAAUGUGUGGCCUGCUGUCUCGUCCUCCAGGAGACCCUCCCCAGCACCUAGCCGCGGUGUGCCCUCCACGGCCACAGUUGGUGCAGGGGAUGGCCCCCCUCGGGCUCCUUCUCCUCCGUUCUCUAGCGCCAGCACCCCCGAGCUCCAUAGGACUCGGCUCGGAGGUGCUGGAGGGUGGAAUGGGCGACCCCCACCCAGGACGUCCGCGGGUGGCGAGCAGGGUGUCUAGCCGAAUGGCCAUGUCAACCAAUUGGUCAAACGAAAGAGUAGUGUCCCUGCACGCCAACUCUCUACGGACGUCCUCCCUGAGGCUGCAGCGGAAGUGAUCUAUGAGGGCCCGCUCAUUCCACCCUGCAUCUGCCGCUAGCGUCCGGAACUCCAGUGCAAACUCUUGAGCGCUCCUCAUCCCCUACCGGAGGUAGAAUAGACGCUCCACCGCCGCCUUCCCCUCAGGUGGAUGGUCGAACACUGCCCGGAAGCGGCGGGAGAACUCCGCAUAGGUGAUCGUUGCGGCGUCUAUCCUCCUCCAUUCGGCGUUGGCCCACUCCAACGCCUUGCCGGUGAGACAGGAGAUGAGGGCGGAAACGCUCUCGUGUCCCGAGGGCACCGGGUGUACGGUGGCGAGGUAGAGUUCGAUUUGCAACAGGAAACCCUGACACCCGGCCGCGGUGCCGUCGUACGCCCUCGGGAGCGAGAGCCGAAUCCCACUGGGUUCCGGAAGUUGGACAGGUGGACUGACCGAUGGUGAUGGUGUGGUAGGUGGGGGCGUGGGUACUCCGCUGGCCUCCCAUCGAUGGAGGGUGUUCAUCACCCUAUCCAGAGCGUGCCCGAUCUGGUUGAUCCUGUCCUCCUGUCCACGAAGGCGCUCCUCAAUAAUCUCGGUAGGUGCGGCUGCUCCUGCUGAUUCCAUAGUAAUGGUGUGUAAUUCUGUCACAGUUGAGUGUAGAAGUGGUGUGGAACCAAGCGCAGGACACACAGAGGCUUGGUACUGACGUCUUUAGUGAAGACAAAAAAGAACAAGCCAAACACGGCUACAUACAACCUGGCAGGCAAGCGAACUUUACGCACACCGGUAAAGUACAUACAAAGGCACAAAAGUGCGGAGCUCUCUACUACACCGAACAGAGAGACAAAAAUGAACUAGCAUCCCACAGUGACAACGAACAAUUACACACAACACAUGACAAAACUCAAGAGAACUUAUAGGACGCAUAAUUAACACUAACAAGGAACAGGUGUAACAAAACAGACAAAACCAAUCAAACAUCGAAAAACAUAGAACGGUGGCAGCUAGUACUCCGGAGACGACGACCGCCGAAGUCUGCCCGAACAAGGAGAAGGAGCAGCCUCGGCCGAAACCGUGACAUCUACAAAGUGGAUUGUUUAUCGAGUGAAGAGCAUCCAAUUUUUCUUCCAUCUCGUGACCCCGUUCUGUUUUCUUAAUAGAUGGAAUCAAGAGUUCUGUUCACAUUUCAUUCACCAUUAAACCCACUGACCUUAAAAGACUCUAGCUUCUAUCCAUUUGAACAUUUCCUUCAAUUCACUUUGCCAUUUAGUUAUUAGUCAUUUAGACACUGUGAAUGCAUGACUCAUUUGACACCCAAGAACUCAGCCAUAUAGAUUGCCUUGGCUUAAGUUAUCAUGGAGAGGAUAUGGGCUCUCUGUGAAUUCCCCUGUCCUUGGAUCCUGACACAUGGUUAUGGGUGACUGAGGGUGUCUUUAACCUCCAUAAGAUGGCUUCCAUCCAGGGAACAUCCUCUUAGCAGGACGUGCUUCUCUCUAGUACAACACAUUACUAUGUCAGUGUGACCCUGAUAUCUGUCUAACCUUUGACCCCUCUUCCCCCUCUCUUCUCCCAGGCGGAGGGUGAUGUGGCGGGUCUGAACCGCAGGAUCCAGCUAGUGGAGGAGGAGUUGGACCGGGCCCAGGAGAGGCUGGCCACCGCGCUGCAGAAACUGGAGGAGGCAGAGAAGGCCGCAGAUGAGAGCGAGAGGUCAGUACCAGCCAGCCACAGAAACUGAUGUAUUUAUCAUCUUUAAUUUGACAGCAUAUUUAUAGGCCCUUUUUCCUGCUGGUUUGAGGCCUGUUGGAUAGUACCAGGAACAUGCAGCUUGCUUUGAAGGUUCUUUAUCGUUAAGUUUUGUUGCUAUGUGCAUUGCUAGCAAAUGACCAGCCCCUUCAAUAGCGUACUGAAAGCGUACUAUUUCCCAGACAGCCAUCUUGAAUGUGUAAAACGAUUCAAUGUGCCUCCAUGUUGGAUGGGCUAUGUAAAUGACACUUGCAAUUGAGUGUGUCUUGUGUGUUGCUGAUAUCACUGUGUGUCCUGUCCAAUCAGAGGUAUGAAGGUGAUAGAGAACAGGGCCUCUAAGGAUGAGGAGAAGAUGGAGAUCCAGGAGAUGCAGCUGAAGGAGGCCAAGCACAUCGCUGAGGAGGCCGACCGAAAAUACGAGGAGGUGAGACUUCAUAUAGUCCCAUAGAGAUUGUCCUGUGUGGAGCUCUACACCCACCGUCCGUUCACCCAUUCAUACUGUUCUCAUAGUGUUCUCAUACUGUUCUCAUACUGUUCUCAUACUGUUCUCCCAUUCAUAGUGUUCUCAUACUGUUCUCAUACUGUUCUCAUACUUUUUCUUCCAUUCAUAGUGUUCUCAUACUGUUCUCAUACUGUUCUCCCCAUUCAUUACUCUUACUUUUAAUAUUCAUUUUACUCUUACUGUUCCACUUAUAUGGUUCUCUCUGUCUACCUCAGGUGGCCCGUAAGCUGGUGAUCUUGGAGGGAGAGCUGGAGAGAGCUGAGGAGAGGGCAGAAGUCUCAGAACUGUAAGUGCAGCACACUCCUCCUAUUACGCUGGAAUACAAGGGGAAAUUGGGGUUAGGAUCCCUCUGUGAUGGGGUCUCUUAUCCUCCUAUUUAGAAAUAGAAGAGUCAAAAGGUUUGUAAGGAGCUUCAUAACACAUUUUUUAUUAACAUUUUAAAAAGUGUCCAGUUCAAAAAUGUGAUUUACUGCCAUAAGCUAAAAUGGACAUCAGUUUUCUUUAAGGUUUUUCCAGGCUUGUGUAACUAUUGAGAUGUCAAAGCUAAGUACUUCUCUUCCUUUCUCCCCCUGUAGUAAAUGCAGUGAUCUGGAGGAGGAGUUGAAAAAUGUGACCAACAACCUCAAGUCCCUAGAAGCCUCGUCUGAGAAGGUCAGUGUGCAUACUAUUACAUCAUACAAGUAAAUGCAGUCAACUGCUGAUAAGUGCACAUUGGAUAAGUGCGAAGUGCAGUGUAGAUCCCCAUUCCCAAUUCAAAUACAUUAUUUUAACUUAUUCUGGGGUAUCUGCAUGUUCUGGGUUAGUUCACCCACUUAGGGCUGUCCCAAGCCUUUGCAGUUAUCAGGAGUUGACUAUACAUGGCUGACAUGAAAGCAGAGUUGUUUUGAGUAUAAUCACUGCCUGCCACACUUUUACUUUCAUAGGCAUCAGAACAAAGACCCUGUUAUCACCUGACAAAUUGGAUGUUGAUUUCUUAAUGAUAAUGUUGAUGGCACAUGAAGGUGUAAUAGUUCUAGACCAGCACAGAUUUGUCUCUGCAUUCCCACCCAGCCGGUCUAGUGUCAGUCAUGCCACAUGAUUCCCCCUUAGCUACUUAAGCAGUUGCGCUGUGCUGAUUAAAUCAAUGUCUUUCUCAUGGUUGGCAUCACAGCACAAUGUGUUCCCUAUACCAACACACAGACAGUUUAUCACACCUGAAGUGUUGUAUUACAACGAAGCAUGGUUGACAAACAGUCCUGCAAGACCAUCACUCUCUAUGCACUUUCAUGCUAAUAUGUCUGUCUGUUUCUGUAUCUGUCUUGGAGUUCAGACAUGUUCAAGAAUUCAGAGCUUGUCUGUAACAGACUUGUAUUUUGACAGUACUCAGAAAAAGAGGACAAGUAUGAGGAGGAGAUCAAGGUUCUUAGUGACAAGCUGAAGGAGGUAAGCAGUUGCUGGCAUCUUAUUUGAUUCUUAAUACAUACAGUAGUAAACCAAUUUGCUCCAUGUCAAAGAUGGCGUCUUGUUCUGACGCCCCCCACUCCCUCUGUGUCCCCCAGGCUGAGACUCGUGCAGAAUUUGCAGAGAGGACUGUGGCCAAACUGGAAAAGUCCAUCGACGACCUGGAAGGUAUGAGUGCUUUGUUUAAGAAACUGUUGCAAACUGCUCUAUGGCAAUAUAGAAGAGAAAGUAAACGUAUCUUAGUGUAGAGCAAGUUACUGUAAGUUAGACAUAUUUUAUUGCAGAAGAUUAAACUAUAUUUUGAAAGAACAGUUUUUAGUAGCAUCUCAGACCUCUAAACCUGAGUAUCUCUAAACAGAACAACAUACGGUAUGUCAGGGUGGCGAGGCCGCAGUCUACCAUAUACAUUUCUCCCAGGGAGACAUUCCAAUUUAUUAAAUUAGUAAAGAUGUCGAGCUUGUUCAGGAAUCCCCAGUGGAUGUAGUUUCCUAGGUCGAGGUCUGGUUAUUUAAUCCUCUCUGUGAGCAAAGAAACAACAUCUUAAUAUGCACAGUUCCAUUUUGUGAUGCAGUUUCACAUUGACAUGGUCCCAGCAAGGGUUUUGUGUUUCAUCUAGCUGGAAAUAUUUAUCUGGAAGAAAGGGUACUCUGCCAAACAUAUGGAAACUUCUCUGACAAGCUAAUAAAACACACUGUCUUGGUCUCAAGUGUAAAGAAAUAUGUAGGCCCAUUCCCUACUAACCGGCAACAGGCCGACCUCCAAAGACAACCACUUUUUGUGUCUGCUGUCUGCACAAAGGACAAAGUGUGCUCAAAAUCCUUUUAGAUCAGCAUAUUUGGUCCUAAAGCCACAUGGAAUGGGUUUACAAACCUUUAUAUGGGCUUAAUUGCUUAAAGUAGUCACCUGCCCAUAAAAAAAGAUUUGCAACAUAUUUUCAUUUUGAAAUGCUCACAGGUACAUUUUUAACAUUUUAACAUUUUAGUCAUUUAGCAGACACUCUUAUUCAGAGCGACUUACAGUUAGUGAGUGCAUACAUUAUUAUUAUUAUUUAUAUUUAUUUUUUUUCAUACUGGCCCCCCGUGGGAAGGUAGACAAACAUCUCUUAUCUUUCUGGCAUCUUCUGUUCUUACAUUUUUAUACUGUAUGAAUUUUCUCUUCUGCAACCACUGACCUGUCCUCUCUUUCUCUUCCCUCUCUUUUUGCUGCCAUUUUCUUUCUCAUUCCCUGUCCUCCACCUCUCUUUCUGCUACUGCUGCUUUCCUUGUGCCUUACCUGCACUACUUCCUGCUGCCCUUUGACCUCCAGAUGAACUGUACGCUCAGAAGCUGAAGUACAAGGCUAUCAGCGAGGAGCUGGACCAUGCCCUCAAUGACAUGACCUCCUUGUAG